UCUUCGAGGCUCCGCCCCCCCGGGGCUCUGUUCCGCGUUUGCGCUUCAGGACCCGAGACCUUUGAGUGCAUGGCGUCCGUCGGCUGACAACUGAGUCCGGGAUGGCGUCGGAGUCGGGGAACCACGGGACCACCUGCAUGCUGGAGUUCGCUGUGCAUAUGACCUGCCAGAGCUGCGUGGACGCGGUACACAGGUCCCUGCAAGGGGUAGCAGGUGUCCAGGGUGUGGAGGUCCAGUUGGAGAACCAGAUGGUUCUGGUACAGACCACCUUGCCCAGCCAGAAGGUGCAGGCCCUCCUGGAGAGCACGGGGCGGCAGGCGGUCCUCAAGGGCAUGGGCAACAGCCUGCUGAAGAACCUGGGGGCAGCCGUGGCCAUUCUUGGGGGACCUGGCCCUGUGCAGGGAGUUGUACGCUUCCUACAGCUGACCCCCAAACUCUGCCUCAUCGAGGGGACCGUCGAUGGCCUGGAUCCUGGCCCACAUGGACUCCAUGUCCAUCAGUACGGGGACCUUACAAGCAACUGCGCCAGCUGUGGGGACCACUUUAAUCCUGAUGGAAGGCCUCACGGGGGCCCCCAGGACACUGAUCGGCACCGCGGAGACCUGGGGAACGUCCAUGCUGAUGCCGAUGGCCGGGCCACCUUCAGGAUAGAGGAUGAGCAGCUGAAGGUGUGGGACGUGAUUGGCCGCAGCCUGGUUAUCGAUGAGGGAGAAGAUGACUUGGGCCGGGGCGGUCAUCCCUUAUCCAAGAUCACGGGGAACUCAGGGGAGAGGUUGGCCUGUGGCAUCAUCGCACGCUCCGCUGGCCUUUUCCAGAACCCUAAGCAGAUCUGCUCCUGCGACGGCCUCACCAUCUGGGAGGAGCGGGGCAGGCCCAUUGCCGGCGAGGGACGGAAGGGCCCGGUCCAAGCCCCUGCCCACCUCUGAGCACUGGCCUUGGCCUUGGGUCUGUAAUUGUCCUCCCAGUUGAGGCUUCUGCUUCCAGAAGGAGCGGAGGGAGGCCCUGCUGGCUUGUCCUAGGAGAACUAGGUCUGGGAUGGAAAGGGUUUGCUGUAAUGUUCCCUUGGCAAAUUAAAGGAUAUUUUCCUAUGGUG